AUGGGCGGCCCGCGGGCCUGGGCGCUGCUGGGCCUGGCGCUGCUGCUCCCGCGGGCCGGCGCCGCCUGGAGCGUCGCGGGAGCCCCGCUGCCCGGACGCAGGAACUGGUGCUCCUACGUGGUGACCCGCACGGUCUCCUGCCACGUGCAGAACGGCACGUACCUCCAGCGCGUGCUGCAGAGCUGCCCCUGGCCCAUGAGCUGCCCGGGGAGCAGCUACAGGACCGUGGUGAGGCCCACGUACAAGGUCGUGUACAAGACGGUGACCGCCCGGGAGUGGAGAUGCUGCCCCGGGCACGCGGGGGCCGGCUGCGAGGAAGUUGCAGGCUCCUCCGGCUUCGUGGAGCCCAGAUGGCCCGGCAACGCCAUGCGGCGGGUGAUGCUCCGGCCCACAGCCUUCUCAGGUUGUGUCAACUGCAGCAACGUGUCUGACCUGGCCGAGCGGCUGAAGGUGCUAGAGACCAAGGUGGCCGUGCUGACUGUUUCCCAGCAGACGGUGCCCCCAACCCCAGCUGCCCCCGAGGAUCCCGCCCCUCUCUGGGGCUCCCCCGCUGCCCAGGGCAGCCCUGGGGACGGAGACCUCCGAGACCAAGUCGGUGCCCGGGGCCUUCCCGGGCCUGUUGGCCCCAAGGGAGACACUGGCAGCCGGGGCCCGACGGGAAUGAGAGGCCCCCCAGGUCCCCAGGGCCCCCCAGGGAGCCCUGGCCAGGACGGAGCCGUGGGCACCCCUGGAGAAAGGGGACCUCCAGGCCCCCCAGGGCCCCCUGGGCCCCCGGGCCCCCCAGCCCCCGUUGGACCACCCCACGGCCGGAUCUCAGAGCAUGGGGACCCGUUCCUGUCUAACACCUUCACUGAGACCAGCAGCCACUGGCCCCAGGGACCAGCUGGGCCCCCCGGGCCCCCAGGGCCUAUUGGUCCCCCCGGGCCUCCUGGUCCCAUGGGCAUCCCUGGGGGUCCUGGGCACACGGGACCCCCGGGCCCCACUGGACCCCAAGGAAUCUCUGGCCACCCGGGAGAAAAGGGUGAGAGAGGACUGCGUGGAGAGCCAGGCCCACAGGGCUCCAUGGGACAGCGGGGAGAGCCUGGCCCCAAAGGGGACCCCGGUGAGAAGAGCCAGUGGGGGGAGGGGUUGCACCAACUACGCGAGGCUUUGAAGAUUUUAGCUGAGAGGGUUUUAAUCUUGGAAACAAUGAUUGGGCUCUAUGAACCAGAGGGGUCGGGGGCAGGCCCCGCCGGCACGGGCACCCCCACCCUCCUUCGGGGCAAGAGGGGAGGACACACAGCCAACUACCGGAUCGUGGCCCCCAGGAGCCGCAACGAGAGGGGCUGA